AUGAUUGGAAAAAGUAAUCUGUUUGUAAGAAAUUUAGUGAGAAAUGCAGUUGUAAGAGCUGCUCACGAUCACGGUGGUGUACCUGGAGUGAAUUUACCUUUUGGAAUUAACAACAGAUACAGGUUGACUGCUUUGAUGAUUUUAUUCUGUGGAUCAGGAUUUGGAGCUCCCUUCCUUAUUUUGAGACACCAACUUACCAAAGCUUAA